CGCGAUCGGACGCCAGUCGAUUUCUCAGUCUGUCUUUAAGUUAAUUGGGUGGUAGUAGUGGGUUUUUUUUUUUCGAAAAAAUUAUGAACGAGGCAUCUUGAUUUCCAAUUCUUUUUUGUUUCUGUUUUUUUAUCAACUUUAAAAUUAUUAUGAAAAACGUUUAGGGUUUCGAUGAGGUUUACUGGAUUUUCUAUUCGUGUAGUGCCGGCGAUUUUUUGAGGAGAAAACCGAACGGAUUUUUACAGAUUCCUGGUAAAUUACAAGAUUCGACCGCUAAGCUUCAUGGCCGCAAAAGCGUUAAGGAAACCAGGUCCAAAUGUGUUCCAUGGACUACGAGAUGCUAGUGUCCCACAGUCCCCCGGUUUUCAGCCAUAGUCCCCCAACGGGCGGCUUCCUCACCGACUACGCAGCCCUCCGCUUGAGCACAGAAUUCCCCCGAGCGGCCUUCACCACCUGCAGCAGGUCCCUGCAGCACUCCCACUCCUUCGGCUCCUUGCCCAAGCCCCCCUUCAGGAUGCCCGCCUACCCCAAGAGGCCCUGCCUCGUCAUCCGCCCCACCGACGAGACCAGCUCCAGCGACGAGGACCCCACCAGCCCCACGAGACUCAAGAAGAAGGUGGUGUUCGCCGACGACAAGGGCAUGUCUUUGACACAAGUGCGCGUGAUGACGGAGCCCUCGAACGUUCCGCCGUUGUGGAGCUCCCGCUUCCUGGCGGAGGUGACGCAGGGCCUGACGGCCGAUCCGGUGGGCGAGGCGAAUGCCUGGGAGGCGGCCUUUCCGCAGCCCGCCUCCGAUUACGUGGCGUUCAGAAGGCGGUUGGACGACGGCAACGUUUCGCUCGAGAACGUCAUCAUCAAGGCGAGCGAGGAGAGCGUCGUGGGUACCGUGAAAGUGAGGAAUUUGGCGUUUCGCAAGGAGGUGCUCGUCAGGUAUUCGACGAACGAAUGGAAGAGCUACGAAGACUGUUUUUGUACUUACGUGCCGAAUAAUAUGAAUACGAACAUAAACGUGCUGUACGAUACAUUUUCUUUUAAAUUUUCGCUGCCUCCCACCAGAGUGAAGAAAUUGGAGUUUUGUGUGUGCUUUAGAUGCGAGGGAAAGGAGUAUUGGGAUAAUAAUCUGGGCAAGAAUUAUAAUUUGGUUAAGAAGUCGUCGCUUAACAACGAUGAUGUGUUUAAGAAGAAUAUUAACGAACGUCAGGCAGUAAUUAAAUGCAAUGACAUUGUGCAAGCAAAGAUGGAAUCUUGGUCGGAGUUUGCUAGUUGGACGCACUUAGAAAAUAACAGUCCCUAUUGGUAACUGACGCUACGUUUAAUCGAAUUGUUCGUACAAAAUAAUAAUAAUAAUAAUAAUAAUAAACGAUGGCAGCAGUUGCGAGGAUUGUAGAAUACAUGUUAAACAUACCGUGAAUUCAAUGUUGCCAAAUGAUAAUCAACUUCAAGGGAUGCUGGUGUUGUUGAAGAAGCUGUCCAAUUGCCGGUAGAUUGUGAAGAAAUGAUGGAGUUUUUAAGUGAAUAAAUAAAAAUAAUAAAAGGGCCGAAGGGGAAUUGAGGUCCUGGACUGAAAUCUGUGAUAAUAUUAAAAGAUGUGACCCUAAUUUAUUUUGAAAAAUGUACUGAGUAAGUUGGAUAUUUUUCGCCAUGGAGUGGAGCAUGCUUUAUGUCAUGGUUUUUUUGUUGUUGUUGUUGUAAAUUAGUACCUACUCAAAAGACUGAUAUUAUAAUUGAUAAGUGUAAAUGUCAUAUUAUUUUUUAGUACCUAAUUAUAGUUUGGAAAUGAUUUUUUUGUUAAGUGUAUACAAGUAUGUUAGUUGUAUGUAUAUCUAUAUCGUUGUUUGGAAUGAUUUUUGUACUCAAAAAAUUAUUAAUUGUUCGAUAUUUUUGUUCUUUUAUAGUCGAAUUUAUUGUUAAAGCGACAGAUCUAUAAGAACAAUCCAAUGAUUGACUAAUUUUGUAGUUGUAAUUGCUAGGGGGAAAUAAUUUGGAAAAAAAAAUCUCGAAGCAAUUAUGAAUUUUGUUUUGUACAUUUAAUAAAUUAUUGUUUUUCGAAAUUAGUCCUGCGUUAAAAACGAUUGUAUAUCGAACGAUUUUUAAUUUUUCUGUAAAUUCUUUAAAUGCCAUUGUUGAAUAUUAAUUUUUAAUAGUGUUUUAUAAGAAAUAAUUACCUAUAUUAAUAUACAAGGAAAUGUUUAUUUAUAUUUGAUUGUUAAAUAAUUCAUUAGAGUAGAUGGAGAAAAAUUAUAUGUUAUAAAGAUUUAAUUGCGAGGUGUUGUAAUCGAUCUGUUUUUUUAUUGUGCUGAGUUUUUUAAACAUCCUGUAUAUAAUUUUGUAACGUGCAUGAUUACAAUUUGUUAUUAUUUUAUUAUUGAUCUUUAAAUUGAUUUUAAUUUACAUAUAGGCCUAUAGGUAUUAAAAUUUUGUUAAAAUUGUAAUCGUACUCGUUUCAAUAUUGUAUAAGUUAGUUAAAUCUUUAUUUAUUUUUUUUUCGAUUUCGAAAAGUUGUAGUAUUUUUGAGUGUUAUUUCAUUAAAUUACAUAAAUCUUCAAUUUCUCAACUGUAAGUUAAUAUGGAAAUCGAAAUAUUUAGAGAUAUGUAGAUUUUUGAAUUUUAAUUAAUAUCGACUGAAAUUUAAAUUUGCUAAAUAUUUUAUUUGCGAGCAAAGAUUUUUCUCUAGCAGGGGGGUUAAAAAUCUUUGUAAAUUUUGUGCGAAUUUGCUUUUAUUAUUGAUGAAAAGUAAAUAUUUAAUAUGCAAGGUUUUGUAAAAAUACUACAACUUAUGCAUGUACUAUUAUUAUUAUAAAUCGCUGUUUUAUAAAUAGAAAUAUCUUCGGUGCAAUUAUUCUACAAAAAAGAAAUCCAAUUCAACAUUUAUAUAAAUCAAGUUAGACAUUUUCGUGUAUAUUUUUUUUAUUUUUUUCACUGUAGAAAUUACAUACGAAUUUUAUUUCUUGUUAAUAUCC